AGUCGUUCAUUUAUUUAUAUCCGACGUAACGCAAAUAAUGAAGGAUAGCUUAAUAUAAAAUUGUACUUAUUGAUUGGAUGUUUUAUAUACCAAUUUUGAUGCCAAUUGUGUUAAUGGCGUAAAAUCCGAUAGCGGUUUCAUAGCGACUUUACCGACCGUCGAAAUCACUGGCGUUUCCUCCCACGGCGAUUUCACGCGCGAUCGAGAUUUGUAAAGUAUCAUAAUAUUAAUCAUCGUAAUAUUUAUGCAUGUCGAGCGCAAAAAGUAUAUUCAAGGUUUCUGAAUUUGUUGCAACGCAAUGGAUAAAAAAAAAUAGGACAUUUGCGCAUGCGUAUCGCAUGAUUUCCAUCGGCGUUUCGACUUCCGGUCGCAAGCUGCGUUUCUCUUUUCACUCGAUACUUUCGACCACCUUCAAGAUGGUUAACGUACCGAAGCAAAGGCGUACCUUUUGCAAAAAAUGCAAGGUACAUAAAAAUCACAAAGUGACGCAGUACAAGAAGAGUAAGGAGAGACAUGCCUCACAGGGCAGAAGACGUUACGACCGCAAACAGCAAGGAUUUGGUGGUCAAACCAAGCCCAUCUUUAGAAAAAGGUACAUUAUAAAUUGCAGAAUUAAAUAUUAUAUUUGAUAUAUUAUUCUGUGUGACAUAAAAAACGA